CGCGGCGACACAACAACCGACUCAUCUCUUCUUUUAAUAGAGUGCAGCAAUUACAAAUACACAAAUUGCGUGUGUUUUUUGUCAAAUUGAGUUGCAAAAAUGAGGUCUUCAUCUUCAUCAAAGCAAGGUGCAGAAAACAACAGUAGUCGGGGUAUUAGUGGUCACAUAUUAACACUUCAUAAGCGCCUUUACCACGCUCUCAAUCUCGGCACUAGAAAUUGCGAUGACAAGGGUCAAAAGUGGCAUUAUUCUGAUAUUGAGAUUCAAAGGCUGGUGGUUCGUUCAGUUGAUGCAUUUCUUGAUAGUAUAUCUGCUGAAUCAUUACAACACCAAGUUGUGAAGGAAUCAGUUGGUGACAUUGUUGGAGCUGUAGGAAGUAUUCUAGCAUCAAAAAGUGAAGCCACAAUGAGAUUGGCCUCAGAUGUAGCUGUAAAGAUCAUCCACGUGAUACCAAGUUCAAUGCUGCAACCUCAGUUUUCCAAUCUCAUUCAUCCUUUAUCAUCCUUGUUGAGUUUCCGGCAAUUACGAGUAACCAUAUCUUGCGCCUCUGCCUUGAAUUUGAUUUUAUCAAAUCUGAGUUCUAAAAGAGAGAAAGAGGUUUGGAAGAUCUUAAAAACCACAAAUGUGGUUGGUGAUCUAGUCCAGAAUGUAAAAGGAUACUCCACGGAAAAUAAGCCGACUGAGUACUUUCAAGAGAUGGCUUCUCUGCUAAGUAAAAUUUUGUGGCGUUGGCCUCCUUCUCGAUUCCAUGUUUGGACUGAUAAGAAAUUGUUGAAUAUCUUAGCAACUUUCAAGCUCAACCCUGACUGCUCCAUAAGAAUUGCUGUUAUGCAGCUAUAUUCUGCUUUAGCUCUAUGUGGCAAUGGAACUGAUAAGCUUUUGGAGGAUGGGGAAGGUCUUGUAAAAAUUAUGGUGGACAGUUUGGACAGUUCAAACCCGUAUUCUGUCCAGAAAGAGGGAUUAAGACUUGCUCAAUGUUUAAUGACAAGUGAACAAGGAUGCUCAAAAAUUAUUAAAUUGUCUUGUGAGCCCAUUGUGAAAGCCAUUAUUACCUUAAUGAGUAACUGGAGUUUGGAUGCGGGAAAGCUUACCAAGGGGAAAAUGUCCAUACUAGUCGAGGCAUGCCGUUUAGCUCUGAUCGCUCGUUGGGCAGGGGACCACCACUUCUAUUUUUGGAAGGCAAGAGUUGAUGGGGUUCUUCUUAGACUUCUCAUAGGAAAUUCUGACACAACUCAGCAGUCUCUACAUAGCUUAUCUCUACAAGAACAAAUCAUCAAGUUAGAAGAAGUUUUUGAUACACAUGUUCUUCUUCCACUGAGACCAUAUGUUUGGGAUAUCCUUGGAUGCCUUGCAGCGAAUUGUAUGGAAGAUUUCUUCCCCAAGAUGCAUGGAAAUGAGACUUGGUUUAAUGUUCUCAUUGUUUGUGCAUGCUUGGCCUUCGUGGACUCUAUCCUCAUGUCUCGCCAAAUUUCUCAAGGGAGUGUUUGUCAUUCAUCGGAGAGUGAACCAGCAUCUAGAGCAGUCCUUAUGAUGAUUUAUUCUCCCAGCAAGUACAUUGCUUCCAAAACAAGAUCCAUCCUAUCUGAAGUUCUGGCACUAAAGGGAAAGGACUACGUGGGAUAUUUACUGGAUAGUUUGAAAGCCGCAUCUUCUGGAAACAAGUUUGCAAUACCGAGUAAUUUUAGACUUGUCAUAAGCUUGAUAAGUCUGGCAUGUUAUUCAGCUCUGCCAAAAUAUCAUAAGCAUGUAAUUCAGCAUGGAGGAAUAGCCACUCUGUUGAGCUUCAUUAGUUGGUGGUUAGACAAUCCUGUCCACCUAAAUAGAUCUAGUGUGGCUCCUCAUGUGCAAAACUUUUUCAGUGAAAGGACUUGUUGCUGGCCUUCUUCAGAAGAUUGGGAAGGUGAAGAUAUGCUUUUACUUUUUGGACUUGUGGCUCUUGGUGAAUUGAUAAAUGCGGAAAAUUGCUGUGGCAUCUUUCACGAUCAGAUGGAAUUGCGAGCUGCUUUUAUAAGAGAUAUCCAGAAUAUCUGUAUAAACAAUUCUAACUCUGGACCACGAUGGUACGCUGCUUAUAUUCUUCGCCAUCUUGGAUUAUAUGGUUUUCCAAGUAAGUUCGGGAGAGAAUGUCGGGAACUCCUUGCUGACAACGAGCAUUCUGAUGUGGAACUUAUAAUUAAAAAUCAGGAAGCCGUGCAUGUUCACGGUGUUGUUCUUCUGGUUAGAUGUCCAUCAUUAUUACCUCCUGAAAAAUUGCUUAAAGAGAAAGCAUUUGAUUCCUCUUUAAAGCAGGAGUCAGAUUCAUGCAAUAGGUUAAUCACCAAAGUUCGUCUCUCAGCUCAUGUUGAUCGACAGUCAUUGACAAAGUUAUUAGAGUAUAUUUAUUUGGGGUCCUUUGAAGCAGGAGAAGACCUUGUGAAGAAGUUGAAAAUUUUAGCCAAACAUUGCAAUUUGCAACCUCUAGUACAAUUGCUUUCUGGAAGGAAUCCGAAAUGGGGAACUCCAUUCCCAACUUUCGACUUUACUUCUGCUCUUGGGCCUGCUGGACGUAAUUUUUCGGAUAUUAUUUUGGAGGCUGAAACUUCCCGACCAAGUAAUCAGGAGUGCAAUUCUUGCUCAAUAUCUGUUUUGCACCUGCAUGUUCACAAAGUUAUAUUGUGGUCAAGUUGUGAAUACUUAAGGGCCCUCUUUCAGUCAGGAAUGCAAGAAAGCCAUUCACUGACCAUCAAGGUGCCAGUUUGUUGGGAUUCCUUGGUUAAGUUAGUCAGCUGGUUCUAUUCCAGUGAGUUGCCUAGACCAAUAUCUGGCUGUCUAUGGGAUAAUCUGACUAAGGAGGAAAAGCUACACGAACUCGAGCCCUAUGUAGAACUAUGUUCGCUUGCUCAAUUCUGGCUCUUAGAAGACUUGCAUGACAAAUGUUUUAGACUGAUUGUAUCCAUUUUGGAUUCCUAUCAGUACUUGUCUAUUAAAAUUAUCCAGAUGGCUGCUAACCUCAAUCAGUGGAAACUGGUCGAAGUAGCAGCAGAGUAUCUGGCCCCUAUGUAUCAUCAUCUACGUAACUCAAGUGAGUUUGAUGCAAUGGAUGAGCAUCUCAUUGAAAUUAUUCGUGUCGCCUCAGUUCAGUUUUCUCGAAGAAAUGGCCACUUGACAUGAUGUUUCCAGUCAGAUUUUAUAUAACACGUCCUUUUGGACACGGAGAGCAUACUUUUCAGGCAUUGACAAGAAUCAAGAUUGGUUGAGUUUAAGGAAGAUUGGUUGAGUUUAAGGUGUUUAGUAAUAGAUUGGAGGAUCUGGUGGCCAUACUUCAUUAUCUGUCCACUCAAGGUGUUGCAAGCAAAUGGCUUGAUUCAGUCUAUUGAUGCUGCUAACUCAAUCAAUCAACAAUAUUGACUAGCUGUCCCGAUAGAUUCAAAGUGACUCUGUGUUUGUGUGGACAUUGAAAUUUUUCUACGAGAAAUAUACAUAGGUAAAUGUUACCUUGUACAGCUCUGUAUCUGUUAGAGAAUAAACUUGUUCGGUGGUAGACCUUGCUCAAUUUUGCUUAGUAGGGAGCAUAUUUUCUGUAGGAGUUUUAAUUCGAUGCUGAUAGAAGCCUGAGCAUUCGUGCAUAUUUUGCUGCCCCUGCUUUGAUUUUACAACUUUGCAUCUGUUAUAGACGAAAGUACUGUGUGGUGUUAGACCUUGUUCAUUUUUGCUCAACCAGAGUAAGGAGCAUCAUUCGAGUCGUUGCCACUUGUUGCUGCCCCUGCUUUGAUUGUACAUACCAUAGUGCACAUCAAGAAUUCAGACAGUGUAUAUAUAAAUGGAAGUAUCAUUCUGGUUUAGUACUCUUUUGAGCUGCAUUAGCUCUUACCGCGCGUGGGAAGUGUUACUCUUUUUUCCUUCUAGUGUCAUCUUAUCUUUUACGUGGGCAGAGGGCCUUAAUGACUAAUGUGCUGAUCUUUGUGGUUAGCCUAAAUUUGCUGUGAAGCGGCUGGCACUAAGUAAUGAUUUCCUAUUAUUCAAAUCGCA